CCUGUUCUCACUAACAAUGAAUAAAGCCAAACAUGGCACCAGGGGAAGGAUAAAAUGUGAGUGAAUGGGACUGAUCCAGGCCUUCUCACUUCUCAAGGAAAGCAUCGCAAAGAUGGGCAUCACAUCCAGGGCUGAGAUUGAGGACUGGUUCACGGCAGAGACCCUGGGAGUGUCUGGCACCGUGGACCUGCUGGACUGGAGCAGCCUCAUCGACAGCAGGACCAAGCUCUGCAAGCACCUGGUGGUCCCUAACACACAGACAGGACAGCUGGAGCCCCUGCUGUCCCGGUUUACUGAGGAGGAGGAGCUGCAGAUGACGAGGAUGCUGCAGCGGAUGGAUGUCCUGGCCAAGAAAGCGACAGAGGUGGGUGUGCGGCUGAUGGUGGACGCCGAGCAGACCUACUUCCAGCCGGCCAUCAGCCGCCUGACGCUAGAGAUGCAGCGCAGGUUCAACGUGGAGAGGCCACUCAUCUUCAGCACGCACCAGUGCUACCUCAAGUUCGGCUCCCGCCCAGCCUCUGCCUGCCUGCCUGGGGGCUUGGAGGCCGGCCACAGGAGGGGCUCCUCUCAGCUGAGCUCCAUGGUAUUUGCCUGGUUCCAUGCUGAGCACCUGCCAGGGAGCUUGUGGGAUGGAGGAGAGAGUGGGCUGUGCCCCCGAGGGGCAAACCAGCCAAGAGUGUUUAAUGAGCAGGAGGAAGACAGUAAUCUUUAUGAGGAUCCACUAGAUGUGCCCGACACCCCCAACUUGGAAGGCUUCACUUUGGCCCUGGCCCCACAGGAUGCCUAUGACAAUGUGACCCUGGAUGUGGAGCUGGCUCGCCGUGAGGGCUGGUGUUUUGGGUCCAAGCUGGUGUGGGGUGCAUACAUGGCCCAGGAGCGAGCCCGUUCGGCAGAGAUUGGCUAUCAGGACCCCAUCAACCCCACGUACGAGGCCACCAACACCAUGUACCACAGGUGCCUGGACCACGUGUUGGAGGAGGUGAAGCACAAUGCCAGAGCCAAGGUGAUGGUGGCCACCCACAACGAGGACUCAGUGCGAUUCACACUGCGCAGGAUGGAGGAGCUGUGCCUGCAUCCCGCUGGCCACCAGGUGUAUUUUGGCCAGCUGCUAGGCAUGUGUGACCAGAUCAGUCUCCCGCUGGGCCAGGCCGGCUACCCCGUGUACAGGUACGUGCCCUACGGCCCAGUGAUGGACGUGCUGCCCUACCUGUCCCGCCUCGCCCUGGAGAACAGCAGCCUGAAGGGCGCCCGUCGGGAGCGGCAGCUGCUGUGGCUGGAGCUCUUGCGGCGGCUCCAAACUGGCAGCUUCUUCCAUCGCCCUGCCUAGCACUCGAGAACCCACCCUUGGCCUCCAGGCACCCCAGUUGUGGCCUCCAGGGACCCUCACCCCUCCAGGCCAUCACCACAGCUGUAGCCAACCCCAUCCUCACACAGAUUCACCUUUUUUCACCCCACCCUUCAGAGCUGCUGGAUGUGGGCCAGGUGCCUCCCAGCCCCGCCCAGGGUGUGGGCCGAAUCUGAUACCUGCCUCAGAAAGCUGCUGGGAACUGUGGGGAAUCCUCGGAUGUGUGGGCCCAAGCCCCUACCUCUGUGACCCGCAUAUCCUUGGACCUAGAGGAUUGUCUGCCUUCUGCCAGGGGCAGCCCACAGAGCUCGAGCCCCCUCGGGGAGCAGUGGCCGGGCUGGGGAGGCCUGUCUGGUCAAUAAAGCACUGUUCCUACAGCUGAGAGCCCUUGCUCCCACACAGGGUCAGCUCUGGACAGCAAGAGGGAGGGGCUCAGACAGGGUCCCAGAAGUCUCAGCCCAGACUCUGGCCUCCAGUGUCAUCUGUUCCUGGAGGCUAGGCCCUGUGCAGACCUGGCCACCCCCAACCCUGACUCCACAACUCAGGACCCAGCAGGGCCCCUGGGCUCAGGGCAGCAUGGAGGGGACUCAUGCAGAUGCAGAGGCCAAGCUCCCCAGGUGGGCCUGACACCCCUCCCCCUGGGGCUCCUUCUCAGGCCAUUCCCUGGCAUCCUGAGUC